AUGGAUGUCAUCAGAUCCAUGGUGGCCGCCUUUGGUAGUGUCCUAUACACCACCCUCUCCACACCCCUCUAUCUCCUCCCCACCCGCAGCCGUAGGCGUGCCGAAUACAUUCUCUCCCGGCAAGCCUCACUAGCCAGCCUCGUCUUGGGUCGCCUCCUGCCCACGCUGCACCCACCAUACAUCGAUCUCAGCGGGAAGAUCGCCCUCAUCACCGGCGCCAACAGCGGCAUCGGCCUCUCUCUCAGCAAAUCCCUCGCCUUGCGCGGCGCCACCAUCUACCUCGCCUGCCGCAACGCGUCCAAAGCCGAAUUCGCGCGCCUCGAAAUCCUACACCAGCAACCCAGCGCCAGAGACCGCGUGCACAUCCUCAGCCUGGACACCGCCGACCUGGCCUCCGUGCACGCCUGCGCCUCCACGCUGAUCGCGCACCUCGGGGCCGCGAAACUUGAUCUCCUGGUGCACAAUGCCGGCAUCAGCACGCCGCCGGCAGAGCCUGACGGCGACGAGGGCAGUGCGUUCUCCCCGCAAGGCUUCGAGCUCGUUUACGCAACCAACUUCCUCGGUGGGUUUCUGCUCACUCAUCUGCUAGAGCAACACCUGGCGGAGGAUGCCCGCGUUGUGCUAACGAGCUCACAUGCGCAAUACGCAGGGAGGUUCUCGGGGGGCUUUGUGAAUACGGUUGGGAGUCAUGGGAGGGAGAGGGUGGUAGAGGCAGGGUUUCAUUGUCCGCCUGUUCGCGCUGCCAAGGCGCACGGCUUUGAAGGGUGCUAUGCGAAUUCGAAGGCGAUGCAGUGCGCUUUUGCGAGGUUGUUGCAAAGGAGGUUUGAUGGGGUGAUGGGAAAGGGGGGGAAAAUCGCGGACGGCACGGGGAGGGUGGUGCAUGUAUUCUCUCCCGGCUUCACGCGUACGGCUAUCUUUGGCAAGAUAGAGGGGACGAGCUGGGCGAAGGAUCCGAUGUUCAAGUCACUGGUGGCAACAGAGGGUUUGUUCGCGACGGAGGUGCAGCAAGGGGCUGCAACAGGACUGUUUCUGUGCGGUUCGCAGGAGGAGCAAGUGGUUGGAAUUGGAAGGGGAGGUGCUUAUUGGGAGCGUAUGGAGCGGAGAACAGGGAGUGCGAAUUUGCUUGGAGAUGGCGUUCUACAACGGCUGUGGGAACGGUGGGAGGUUGAUGCCGGAAUUGAAUGGCCGAUGAAAAUCUAUAUGUGA